UUUUCCUGUCACGUGACACUUCGGAUUGUUUGGGGCUUUGCGUCUUGCAGAGUUGGCGGGUAUUUGUAGACGGCAACGCUUCUGAAGAGCCGCAGAUACCCACAGAAUAUCUUGUCAUUGUGUGGAGAAAAUGUCUGACUGGACUAGAGGCAGGCAACGUGAUGCUUACAACAGCGAACACGAAAAAAGGAACAUCGGCCCUUCUCGGUGGUCCCACUGCAGGAAGAGAGGGAUCGAUGGAAGCCUGCGGACCAACAAUGAGGAUAGUGGUGAUCUGGAAAAUGACGGGCAGACUAGUGACAGCUGCAAACACCCGGACAGCAGACAUGCAAGUUUCACCACUCCGGAGAGCACGGGUCCAGUGUCUCGCUGUGGUAGGCCUGCUGACUGGGGCAGCCAAGUGGAGGAUGAUGAGAUGAGGAGGGAUGUACACAGGGACAUGCAGCGUUACAGGAGGAGAAUACUGGGUGCCGAGGUCACCCAGAGAGAGAGAAAGACCUCGUCUGGCUCUUCUGGAAGCUGUGACUCCAGAGAGGGAGAAAACAUGGAGACUGAUGAAGCUGUGUUGCUACGACGACAAAAACAGAUCAACUACGGCAAGAACACACUGGCCUAUGACCGAUACAUUAAGGAAGUUCCAAAACACAUGCGUCAGCCAGGCGUCCACCCAAAAACUCCCAACAAGUUCAGAAAGUACAGCCGUCGCUCCUGGGACCAGCAGAUCAAGUUGUGGAAGGUCAAGCUGCAUGCUUGGGAUCCUCCAACAGAGGAUGGCAAAGACAAAGCCCUCAGUAACAUUGAGGAGCUGGAUCUUAGUGAUGUAAUGGACAUUGAACUGGACUUCCCAACUUUGACAGAUGACCAGAAUGCCCCAGACUCUCUCGCCACACACAGCCUUUCAGUGGAGCAAGAAGACUGUUUGGGUACCCCAGUUAAAGUACAGAAGACAGAAACCACAGCAGAACCUGACGUGGCAUAGCUUGUCAUUGGCUUUCUCCAGGAUAAAGCAAGACGUUGAUAUACUUUUUGAAUGGUUCAUCUGUUUCCUUGCUGACAGACCAUUUUUCCCUCAAAUGCCUCUACUCCAGUUAUUCAUUAGUUGCCCUUAGUUUUCUUUUCCAGGGUGUAGUGUUUCUUAAUCCAUAGGUUGGUACCUACGAUUACUUAUCUGCUCAGGGAGUCAUCUUUUUAUGUCAAGAUUUUACAAUUGCAUUUUUAAUCAAGCUUCAGCCCGUUUAAAUGGUUUAUAGUUUGGUGUUUAGAAAAGCACUUAGUGCACUGAUAUGUGUAAUAUUGCAUCCUGUGCUCUUGAGCUAAAUGAAAAACACAUAUAAAUUGGCUCAGCUCAAAUGGUCCUCCUAGUAGCUAAAAGUAUUUCCUUUUAAUGUCUCAUUGGCAAGGUUUGUGUAUACUCGUGUACCAUUCUGAAGUACAAGUAAGAGUUUCAGUUUAUUACUUGCAGUUCGAUUGUAUUUGGCAGUGAUUUGUUUUCAAUACAAUUACAAUAGUUUCUUGUUGCUGUUUCUUUCAUGGUGAAGACUUUCAAAUAAAAAACAAACUUGAAUGCA